GCCGCCCAGUGGCCGCGUCCGGGCGAUGGCUCUCUGUCUCGACGUCGACUUCGAUCUCGGGAAGGACGUGCUGCCCUGGCUGCGGGCACAGCGAGCGGCGUCAGCAGCUCAGGGGCCUGGAGGUGGCUGCGCAGGUAUUUUAGAAGAAAAUUAUGAGAGCUUACGUAUAGUAAAUGUUGAAAGAAAUGGAAAUAUUAUUUAUACCUACAAGGACAGUAAGGGAAAUGUCUUCUUCGGAUUAUAUGAUCAUCAAACCAGACAAAAUGAGCAUCUCUAUACAUUUGAGAAAGACUGGCAAGUUGUUAGUUGUUCUGUCAACAGUGAGAGAACUUUGCUUGCUGCAAGUUUAGUUCAGUCUACUAAAGAAGGAAGAUGGAAUGAACUUCAACCAGGAUGGAGGUGCCUAACUCUGCUGGCUGAAAUCCACCCUAUUAACAAUGUGAAGGUUCUAAAAGCAGUGGAUGGCUAUAUUUGGGUACAGUUCCUCUAUCCACAUGUAGAACAUCAUCUUUCAGAGUACCAUCUGUUACUAAUUUCAGAAGAGAAGUAUAUUGAACAAUUUCAUAUCCAGGUCAUUCGAGAAGAUGGAAAUAAAGUGGUGAUUAAGAAUUCUGGCCAUCUCCCACGAGAGCGAGUAGCUGAGGAUUUUGUCUGGGCUCAGUGGGAUAUGUUAGAGCAGAGAUUAUACUACAUUGAACUGAAGAAAUCAAGAAGCAUUUUAAAAUGCAUCCAGUUUUAUGAUGAUGAGAGCUUUAACUUAAUGUUUGAAGUACCCUUGGACAUUUCAUUAAGUGACUUGGGAUUUAAACUUGUGAACUUUGGAUGUAAUGAUCUUCAAGACCAAGAAAAAUUAUCCAAGCGCUUGACCCUGUGUGUUUUUACCAACCAUACAGGAAGUUUAUGUGUAUGUUAUAGCCCGAAGCUUGACUCUUGGGAACAAAUCACAUAUUCUGUGUUUUACUUUCAUAAAGGGUACAGCAAGACCUUCACUGCUGCUCUUGGGAGUGUUGACUCACAGGUGACAAAGGGCAUUACUUUUCUCAAUCUUGACUACUAUGUGGCUGUUUACUUGCCUGGUCAUUUCUUUCAUCUGCUUAAUAUUCAACAUCCAGAUCUGAUCUGCCACAGUCUAUUUCUGACAGGAAGCAUUGACACGCUACCUCAUAGUCCUUUACAGUCACUAUCAGGGUCCCUGGUACUGGAUUGGUGUUCAGGAAAGCUCUAUAGAGCACUCCUCAACCAGUCAUAUUUAGUGAAGUUCCUAUGGAACACGCAGCUAGAUUGUGAGAAGAUGGCCAUGUUGCACUGUGUGCUCUCAUGUGGCCAAGAUGCACGGUUCCUGGAAGCCAAGAUUAUUCAGUGGAUUUCUGAGAACGUCUCUGCCUGCCAUUCAUUUGACCUUAUUCAGGAAUUUAUAAUUGCUUCUUCAUACUGGCACAUAUAUGCAGAGACGAGUAACAUGGAUAAACUUUUGCCAUAUUCCUCAGUCCUUACUUGGAAUACAGAAAUUCCUGGAAUAACCCUUGUGACAGAAGAGAUUGCAUUGCCUCUUAUGAAGGUGCACAACUUUAAGGGCUACUGGGAAAAACUGAAUGCCAACCUGGAAUAUGUUAAAUAUUCCAAGCCACACUUACACUAUAACAACAGCAUGGUCAAGAGAGAAUGGCACAGCCUAAUUUCGGAAGAGGAUGUGUAUGUUCAUGCAAAGAAACCAAGCAGCAGAAGCAGAGUGUGUGAGAUCCAGAAAACAGGAAAAAGAAGGCCCCUGGCAUAUGUGAGAAAUAUUCUGGAUAACGCAAUAAAGGUGAUUUCGAACCUAGAAGCAAGGAACUUGGAGCCAAGACUAACACCCCUCUUCCAGGAGGAGGACAAGCACCAGCGGCUACUUAUAGGACUGAUGGUGUCUGAGCUAAAAGACCAUCUUUUGAGACAUCUACAGGGUGUAGAAAAGAAGAAAAUAGAACAGAUGGUUCUGGAAUACACUUCAAAAUUGCUGGAUCUCAUUUGUCAGAUACUGGAAACCAGUUGGAGGAAACAUAAUCUGCAUCCCUGGGUUCUCCAUUUCAACAGGCAGGCGAGUAUGGCUGAAUUUGAAGUCUUUCAUAUCAUGACCAGGAUUUUGGAAGCUACGAACACUUUGUUUUUACCUCUGCCUCCUGGUUUUCACACUCUGCAUACCAUCCUUGGUGUCCACUGUCUCCCUUUGCAUAACCUGCUGCAUUACAUUGAUAAUGGAGUGUUGCUUCCCACAGAAACAGCUGUCACAAGGCUCAUGAAAGAUCUCGACAACACAGAGAAAAAUGAAAAACUAAAAUUCAGCAUCAUUGUGCGACUUCCUCCGAUUAUUGGUCAGAAGAUCUGUCGACUUUGGGAUCAUCCUAUGAGUUCUAACAUUAUUUCACGAAACCAUGUGAAGCGACUGCUUUAUAACUAUAACAAACAGCCUCGGACUUCUCUGACUGAUAGGCCAUCAUCAUUCAGUGUAGAAUUUCUGCCUCUGAAUUACUUCAUUGAAAUACUAACAAAUAUAGAAUCCUCGAACCAAGUUCUUUGCACUUUUGAAGGACAUGACAAUGUUGAUGCAAAAUUUGUAGAGGAAGCAGCUCUCAAACACACUGCAAUGCUUUUAGGUCUAUAAAAGAGAAAAUGUCAUUCAGUCAGCUUCCAAUUAUUUCAUUCUUGCUCAUUGCUCAUCAUUCUUGUUCAAUAGUUCUACUUCUAUUGAGAAUUCUCUAGUAAUAUUUAAAAUUGCUAGCUAAAAUCAGAAUGCAUUGUUGAGCCCUCUGAAUUUAGCGUGGUACUUAUUCAGAAAGAACUAAACUCCUGUAACUUGUCCCUCUUAUGAAUAGCAAAUGAGCACUCAAGUGUGGAGAAUAACCCAAGGAGGCUUGCAAUCACAGAUAACAUCCUCACGGCCUAUGUGCCAUAGUGGCUUCUUUGACCAAAAGCUACUUUCUGUCGCGCUCUGAAAUAAAGUGGACUUGAAAAAUGAGGGAAACAGUACUUAGAAAAGCAAAACUUUAUGUGUCAUUGAAAAUGACAUAUAACAAGCAGAAAAAUGUUGCAUGAAAACUAUCUGGAAAAAGUAUACUUAAAAGUCAAAAAAUACAACCAAACUUGGACCAAGUCAAAUCUGCUAUUUCUAGUACAGAAAAAUUGGUAACAUACAGUAUUAUGAUCAGGGUUUGUCUUUGUGAAGGUUCAGAUGAAGUUGUAUUUAAUUUUUUAAAGUUUUUAAAAUAAUUACAAUGGCUUGAUACAGUAUCUUGUCAUUAAAAAUACAAAACAUUGAACAUUUUGUUCUUUUGUUCUUUGAAUACGGCAUAUUUAUUCUAAGCAGGAAUCAUGAGAUCAUGAACAUGUUCCUGGAAGAACACCCCCCUACACACACACACCCCGAGAUACCUCAGAUCUCACCUUUCCUUUCUUUUUUAUAGUGACUUUGUUCCCAUUCAUCAAUACAGUUGCUCCUGGGGUUAGCCCAUAACCCUUUGCUUUUCUAUCUUCACAUUGUUUUUUGCUCAGUGAACUUGAGGACUUUUAAUGACUACACAUAUCACAAGCCAGUACAAAUAUUUAACUUCUUUUCUAAAAUCACUGUUGUUUUUGAAAAAAUUGUCCUCUCCUAGAGAAUUUUCCUUUUUGGUCACAUACUUCAUGGUUGGCAAGGUUCACAAUCUUAAGCAUCAUGUCUGCAAGAUAGCUCUGAUUUGAUUUUUUCUCAAGAGGUCAUUCUUUUCAUUUCCUACCUUUAUUUCACACCUGGAUUGUUCUGGUUGCUUUCUAAGAUCCAAUUCAUCUUACACAUAUUUGAGAUGAACACUAAUUCAAUCCUGUCACUCCUCUGCCAAAGUCAUUCUCCUGCAUCCUGGCCUAUACAACUUCCCAAUAUGAGUACUGUGUUCCAACCAGCCCAGAUCACCGAUCCUUGAGCACAGUUUUUGUCUGCUCAGGCUGUUUACCCAGGUGGAAUCCCUUCUCCACUUACUGAAGUGGGGUUCAUGCUGCAGGGCCAGAUUAAAAAGUUCUAUCUAAUUAUGAUCCCUACUUACAGUGGCACCCUCUCACCAUCUCUGAGCCAGGAGUAGGUGUUGUAUAAUGUUGUGAUUUCUUAAAAUUAUUUCUCCCUUAUGUUGUUAAACUUCCUGCAUGUAUAUAUGUUUUUAAAUCCCUCAUGUGGUUAGUAAUGUAUAACCACAGAAUGUGUGUUAUCUAUACAACACAGAAACUUUUUAAGUACAUCAUAUUUCCUAUUUCCUUUUAUUAACUGCACAGUUUAUAAUAUUACUUUUAGGCAUGCUUAAGUAAUUUUUAUAAUGACUUUACAAAACAAUAGAUUCAGGAUUGCAGGAGAAUGAGAUUAAAUUUCCCCUCAAUCUGGCAGGAUGGAGACUUGGAAAAGAUUUUGUUUGGUUUAGCAAAAUUAAGGACUAUGAUAUUUCCCACUUCCAGAUUUGUGAAAUAAAAUUCAUAAAUAAAACUAAUACUCAUAUGAAAUAAAGAUAGCUUAAGCAUAGGAGAAUGUAAAAUCAUAG